UCCACCGAACAGAUUAAUAUUCCCCGCCUAUACAAAAUCUGUUCAUCUUCUAUAAUAAUUUUUUAAACGAAGCAUGAAUCAUGUGUAGACCAAUCAACCUGUUGCUUUUAGUCUGUAGAACAAGACAAGAACUGUAAGAUGACGUAGAUGCGCUAUUCAGCUUGGUUCGGAGCACAAAGCCACAAAAGAAGGGUCUGACGUGACUCGCAUGGUUAGCUAACUAAUGACGCAAAAUGUUGUACUUAAAUCGAAUGGAGAAUACUCAGCCCAUAUGGUUAACUUAAUGUAGUUCAUCAAAUAUCCCGUUAUUAUGUAGGUCAAUGGAAAUGAUAAGAGUGCAAUGGACAUCGCCUUUGGAAAGAAUGGAACCGCAACUAUCAUUGGGGUACCAGUGAACACCCUGCUGCUUUCCUUCAAUUGUUUAGUUUUGGCCUUCACCUUUAUCGUAGGGGUUCCGGGGAAUUUACUGGUGGGUUUGGUUGUGUACAGGAAGAAAACUUUACAGACCGCUAAUAACGCGCUUCUGGUUAAUCUUGCCACCAAUGACUUGCUGAAAUGCCUUCUGGAUACUCCUGUGUUUUUCCUCUCCCUUCUUUGGGGCGAAAGGCAUUUGGACGUGGGCGAGCGGCUGUGCUGCCUUCAGCAGUUCACAUAUUCCCUCAGCAGCUGCGUUCAGAUACUGACCCUCGUCAUAAUAAGCGUGGAGAGGUUUCAAGCCAUCGCCUUUCCCUUCGAGACGGAAAAGAGGAAAGCACGAAUUAAAGUUUGGAUGCUGCUCAUCUGGGCUUUCGGACUGAGUUUAGCCAUUCUCUCGGUGACUCUGUCCAAAGAAGCUCUGUUUUACAUGAUGUGCCGACACAUACGGGUGGAAUCCAGAGUCCACUCUGACCCAUUCGGAACUUACGUAUUGAUUCCCGUUUGGGGCUCCUCCCUAGCUUUGAUCAUUGUCCAUUACCUGCGGAUUUUUGCGGUCGUGAGGCAGCACACGAAUAAAAUUUUCGACAACGGGAUACAAUUCCGAUCCUCUGUAGCUAGACAUGUUUCGGACUGGCCAACGGUCACACUUUCAGCACCUGGGACACGUGAAAUACAGCCCACGACGAGCGCGAGCGAGAUCACCGAAAACCCCGACCACACCGGUGGCUCAGUGAAUGCUGCCUCCCGUACCGUCUCUGGCGACCGCAAACAAUCGAUCAGCAGUGCAAAUAAAGCGCCUGAAAUUGUUGGAGCCAUAUGCAUCUUAACCCCCAUAGCCAGGGAACUCGGCAAGAAGAGACUGGAGGGAAAACUGGCAAAGCGUUUUGGCUAUAUCAUUAUCGCGUUCAUCCUCUUCUGGGUCCCUAUGGUUGUUAUCCUACUACUGAAUGUCAUCGUGGAGAACGAUGCGAACACCGCCUGCAGUCGGGUCUUGCUAGAGCUAGAGACCUGUGCCAUGGUGGUCACCUGCAUUCCUGCAGCCCUGAACCCACUCCUCUACACGGCUGUUAACCAUCAGUUUCGCACGGAGUUCAGCAAAGUCCUGUCCACAGCCUGGACCUGCAGGCACAGCCCGAAGAGCUGAGGACCAAUCAGAGGACCCAACACAUCUAACACAGAGGACCACACAGGACCCAGCACAUCUAACACAGAGCACCCAACACAUCUAACACAGAGGACCCAACACAUCUAACACAGAGGACCCAGCACAUCUAACACAGAGCACCCAACACAUCUAACACAAAGGACCACACAGGACCCAACACAUCAAACACACAGGACCCAGCACAUCUAACACAGAGGAUCAUACAGGACCCAGCACAUCUAUCACAGAGGAUCAUCUACGACCCAGCACAUCUAACACAGAGGAUCAUCUACGACCCAGCACAUCUAACACAGAGGAUCACACAUGACCCAGCACAUCUAACACAGAGGACCCAGCACAUCUAACACAGAGGAUCACACAUGACCCAGCACAUCUAUCACAGAGGACCACACAGGACCCAGCACAUCUAACACAGAGGAUCAUACAGGACCCAGCACAUCUAACACAGAGGACCCAGCACAUCUAACACACAGGACCCAACACAUCUAACACACAGGACCCAACACAUCUAACACAGAGGACCCAACACAUCUAACACAGAGGAUCAUACAGGACCCAGCACAUCUAACACAGAGGACCCAGCACAUCUAACACAGAGGACCCAACACAUCUAACACAGAGGCCCCAACACAUCUAACACAGAGGACCCAACACAUCUAACACAGAGGAUCAUACAGGACCCAGCACAUCUAACACAGAGGAUCAUACAGGACCCAGCACAUCUAACACAGAGGACCACACAGGACCCAGCACAUUUAACACAGAGGACCCAGCACAUCUAUCACAGAGGACCACACAGGACCCAACACAUCUAACACACAGGACCCAACACAUCUAACACAAAGGACCCAACACAUCUAACACAGAGGAUCAUACAGGACCCAGCACAUCUAACACAGAGGACCCAGCACAUCUAACACAGAGGACCCAGCACAUCUAACACAGAGGACCCAACACAUCUAACACAGAGGACCACACAGGACCCAACACAUCUAACACACAGGACCCAACACAUCUAACACAGAGGACCCAACACAUCUAACACAGAGGACCCAACACAUCUAACACAGAGGAUCAUACAGGACCCAGCACAUCUAACACAGAGGACCACACAGGACCCAACACAUCUAACACACAGGACCCAACACAUCUAACACAGAGGACCCAACACAUCUAACACAGAGGACCCAACACAUCUAACACAGAGGAUCAUACAGGACCCAGCACAUCUAACACAGAGGAUCACACAGGACCCAGCAGAUCUAACACAGAGGAUCACACAUGACCCAGCAGAUCUAACACAGAGGAUCACACAUGACCCAGCAGAUCUAACACAGAGGAUCACACAGGACCCAGCAGAUCUAACACAGAGGAUCACACAUGACCCAGCACAUCUAACACAGAGGAUCACACAGGACCCAGCACAUCUAACACAGAGGAUCACACAUGACCCAGCAGAUCUAACACAGAGGAUCACACAUGACCCAGCAGAUCUAACACAGAGGAUCACACAGGACCCAGCAGAUCUAACACAGAGGAUCACACAUGACCCAGCACAUCUAACACAGAGGACCACACAGGACCCAACACACCUAACACAGAGGACCACACAGGACCCAGCAUAUCUAACACUGAGGAUCAUAUAUGACCCAGCACAUCUAACACAGAGGACCACACAGGACCCAGCACAUGUGACACAGAGGACCCAGCACAUCUAACACUGAGGACCACACAGGACCCAACACAUCUAACACACAGGAUCACACAUGACCCAGCAGAUCUAACACACAGGAUCACACAUGACCCAGCAGAUCUAACACAGAGGAUCACACAGGACCCAGCAGAUAAAGGCCAUGCCUUUAGCCCCCACAGCAGUUCUUAUUGUUGAUAUUGUACAUUCAGUGCUUUCAGUCUUUGACAUUUGAGAUGUUCUAAACAACCCAAUCAUUGUAAAAAAAUAUUUCUUUCUUCGUUUUGUGUAAAGUUGUUUGUUCAUUCUGUAGCUCUAAGACAUUUUAGACUGCCCUCCAGUGGCCAACAUGGAACAUGGAAAAUACUGUACUGCUUAGAUAACAUUGUAUGGUGUGUAAUUACUGCAUGGUAGUCCAUGUGUUUAAGUGUUUGGCUGAACUUGUAAUAUAUAAACCAUGUCUAUAUUGUUACUUUUGUACAACAUAUUUUAUGUGUGUAUAGGUUGUUGUGAAACCUAAGUAUCAUUGGUAUUAAUAAUGCUGUUUGGUAUUUCUAGAUUGGCCCCAUAUAUAUAGUGGAGCAGAUCUUUUGAAAAAAACUACAAACUAUCACAGUAAGUUUUAAAAUGAUAUAAAACUGCUUGGGCAAAGAGAUAGAUAGCUUGUGGUCUUGCAAUUCAAAAUUAUGCCCAGUGGUAUCAGGUUAUUCAUGGAUUCAAACUGAAAAUGCUGGUGGGAAUGAAUAAUUCAGCAAGACAUUCUUACAAAAACCAGUACAUGCAAAUAAACUGCAGUCUCUUUUCCAAA